AUGGUGGCCUCCCUGAAGUCCUGGCCUCUCAUGAUCACUGUGUCUCUGUGCAUCUUGUUCUGCCUGGGAACCUUGGUAGAGGCCUACCCUGAAAAGCCAGUGGAGCCCAGACGAAAUGCUUCCCGAGAAGAGUGGAUCCAAUACUUCAUAGAACUCCGGCGUUACAUCGACUUGGUGACACGGUCGAGGUAUGGCAAGAGAUCCAUUCCAGAGAACUUGAUGUCUGAACUCAGUUUUGGAGACAGUAGCAGCAGCAGCAGCAACAGUGACCACAAAAAAUGA